AUGCCUGUUUUCCAGGAUGACGAUGACGACGACGACGUCCAGUCUUCCCCCGUGUACGAGAAGAAGAACGGGCUGGGUGGCCAGGUAGAAGUGGAAACCCGCGCUACAAACAUGUCCGAUACUGAACUGCGUCACAAUAACAGACACCACCAUCACCACCGUGGUGGUAAUAAGGACUCGAGCGAUUUCAGUACGGCUCACUCGCUGAGUGGACAAGGCAGCAGUGCCGGUGGUGAACGCAGUGGAUCAGAGGGGUCCGAUGGUGCCCUUGACAAGGACAGGAUCGAGAUUAAACCAGUGAAUGACGAGGAUGACACAUCAGUCAUGAUCACUUUCAACCAAGGUGUAUCUCCCUUCAUCAUCACGCUCACUUUCGUCGCUUCAAUCUCUGGGUUCCUAUUCGGGUACGACACUGGUUACAUCUCGAGUGCGUUGAUCUCGAUAGGUACAGACCUGGACGGGAGAGUGCUCACUUAUGGGAAUAAGGAGAUUGUCACCGCUGCGACGUCCCUCGGUGCUCUUAUCAGCAGUACAAUGGCAGGUACCGCAGCAGACAUGUACGGUAGGAAACCUUGCAUCAUGUUCUCCAAUAUUAUGUUCCUUGUAGGUGCUAUUUUACAAGUCUCAGCUCACAAGUUCUGGCAGAUGGCUGCGGGGAGACUCAUCAUGGGGUUUGGUGUAGGGAUUGGAUCCCUGAUCUCGCCUCUGUUCAUCAGUGAAAUCGCGCCAAAGAUGAUCAGGGGGAGACUCACAGUUAUCAACUCGCUGUGGCUGACAGGUGGGCAACUUAUCGCGUACGGUCUCGGUGCCGCAUUCAACCACGUUAACAACGGUUGGAGAAUCCUUGUCGGGCUCUCCCUCGUCCCCACAGUCCUUCAAUUCUGCUUCUUUCUUUUCCUCCCAGAUACGCCUCGUUACUACGUCCUUAAGGGGGACUACGAGAUGGCUAAAGUCGUCCUAAGGAAAAGUUACAGGGACGCCCCCGAGGAGAUCAUAGACCAGAAGGUCCAAGAACUCGCAGAUUUGAACCACUCGAUCCCAGGUAGGAACCAAGCGGAACGGUACUGGAACAGUGUCAAGGAAUUGCACACGGUUCCCUCAAACUUCAGGGCUUUGAUCAUUGCAUGUGGUCUGCAAGCGAUUCAACAAUUCACCGGUUGGAACUCGUUGAUGUACUUCUCGGGGACAAUCUUCGAAACGGUAGGGUUCAAGAACUCGUCAGCCGUUUCGAUCAUCGUCUCAGGUACAAAUUUCAUAUUCACACUUGUGGCGUUCUUUGCAAUCGACAAGAUCGGAAGAAGGUGCAUUCUACUGAUAGGGCUCCCCGGGAUGGCCAUGGCUUUGACCGUGUGUGCCAUCGCGUUCCACUUCAUCGGUAUCAAGUUCGACGGGAAGGACGCAACGGUCGCGCACGGCGGGUACUCCUCCUGGGGGAUCGUAAUCAUCGUGUUCAUCAUCCUGUACGCCGCGUUCUACGCGCUAGGUAUCGGGACUGUCCCAUGGCAACAAUCGGAACUGUUUCCCACGAACGUGAGGGGGAUCGGGACGUCGUACGCAACGGCGACGAACUGGGCAGGUUCGCUUGUCAUUGCGUCGACUUUCUUGACCAUGUUGCAAAACAUCACACCGAGCGGGACGUUUGCGUUCUUCGCGGCGCUUUCCGCCGUGUCGUUCGUAUUCUGUUACUUCUGCUACCCAGAGCUGUCUGGCCUGGAGCUCGAAGAAGUGCAGACUAUAUUAAAGGAUGGGUUCAACAUCAAGGCAUCCAAGGCACUCGCAAAGAAGAGAAAGAUGCAAGCCGCUACGGUCCAACACGACAUGAAGUACGAGCCCACACAAGAGAUUAUCGAGGAGUGA